CUCUCUCGGCCGCCGCAAUCGCAGCCUUAGUGGGGCGCUACGCGCUGCCAACUCUCUCUUUCUGUCUCCUCGCUUUCGCGCGCGCGCUUCCAGGAAUGCCCCGGGCGGCGAGGAAGGCGCUUUAGAAGAUGCCUAGGCUGGAGGCAGCUUGCCGUCGGGCGGGCGGGCGGCAUGGCGACGAGCGGCGAGGCGGCGUCUCUCCUUUUGCGCGGCUGAGGCUCUGAGGCUGCCGCCGCCGCCCGGCGCACAAUGAAACUCUACUGCAAAGUGGUGGCCCUGGCGCUCUGCCUGGCGCUCCUGCUGCUGCUCUACCUCUUCGUGGGCAGCGACGCCGACGAGCCGCCUUUGAAAGCGGCCGCGGGGGGAAGCCGCCCGGCGCGCGCCUCCUCCUCCUCCGGGCCCGGCGGGGACUUCGCCGCGGGGCGCUUCCGACCCGUCCAGGCUGCAGAGGAGCGAGAGGAGGAAGAAGAGGCGGCAGCGGCGGCGGCGGCUCAGGCUCAGGUUUCCAAGAGGGAGCCACGUCUCCACAGAAAAACGGGCAGGCGCGGCGCUGCCCGAGGGAAGUUUGCGAACGUGAGGAGACCAAAGGAGCAGAAGCAUUCUGCAGCCCCGCUCUCAUCUCCACAGUGGAUGCAUCUUGCGGUUGUAGCAUGUGGCGACCGGCUGGAAGAAACUCUGGUCAUGCUGAAAUCAGCAGUUCUCUUUAGCUACAGGAAACUCAAAUUUCACAUCUUUGCUGAGGAUUCCCUGAAACCUGAAUUUGAGAGGAAACUACAGGAAUGGCCCCCUUCGUACACAAAGAAGUUUGAAUAUAAUGUCUACCCAAUCGCCUUUUCAGUGGGAAAUGCUCAGGAAUGGAAAAAAUUAUUCAAGCCAUGCGCAGCCCAGCGGCUCUUUCUCCCGACGAUUUUAAAAGACGUAGAUUCCCUUCUGUAUGUGGACACAGAUGUCCUAUUUUUGCGACCCAUUGAUGACAUCUGGGGCUUCCUGAGAGCAUUCAAUUCCACCCAGCUGGCCGCCAUGGCUCCAGAACACGAAAUACCAAAGAUUGGCUGGUACAGUCGGUUUGCUCGCCACCCAUAUUACGGAGUGACUGGGGUAAAUUCUGGAGUCAUGCUGAUGAAUUUAACCCGUAUUAGGAAUGCCCAGUUCAAGAACAGCAUGAUACCGACAGGCUUGACAUGGGAGGAGAUGUUGUAUCCUUUAUACCAAAAGUACAAAAACUACAUAACAUGGGGAGACCAGGACUUGCUCAACAUCAUUUUUUACUUUAAUCCAGAGUGUCUCUAUCUGUUUCCUUGCCAAUGGAACUAUCGACCAGAUCAUUGCAUGUAUGGCAGUAACUGUAAAGGAGCAGAGGAAGAAGGCGUUUCUAUUCUACAUGGGAACAGAGGUGUCUACCACGAUGACAAACAGCCUACUUUCAAAGCACUCUAUGAAGUGAUACGUGAUUUUCCCUUUGAAGACAAUCUCUUCCAAUCAAUGUACUACCCUCUCCAGUCAAAAUUCCUUGAUACUGUACACACUUUAUGUGGGCGAAUUCCUCAGGUUUUUCUGAAACAAAUUGAAAGAACCAUGAAGAAAGUCUACGAAAGCCGGGUGAUUGUCAACGUUGGAGCCAACUUCAGAUUAUAAGCGCAGCAAUAUAUUUUGAUACAGUUUUCAUAUUCUUAUCCAGUCCUCCUAAGGGACAUUAGGCUAUUUUAGGCUGCAUUCCUAUACACACUUCCCUGGGAGCAAGUCCAACCUAACUCAGUGGGGCUUACUUCAGAGUAGGCAUGUAUAGGCCUGUGCUGUCAGACAGUUUGCAGCUUGAGCAAAAGUGCCAGUUGGGGUGUUAGUUUAUUGGUUUGGUUUUAAUGGUGUAUACAUACAGUUCACGAGGUUGAUGAUGAUGAGAGUGGACAUGGGUGAAAGUCUAGGAAUUUCACUGGAAGAUGUCGGGAUUUUUCUGCAAUCGAUUGCUAAAGCACGGAGUCUGGACGUGUCCUAUUUCAGAAUAU